CUAAGUAGCAAAGUGUUGGGACACAUGUACACCAGUACCUUUACCACUAAGGAGUUGAAGCCUGUAUUCAAAAAGGGAAAAACUGCAAAAAAGAACUUUUAAAUUAUAAACUAUAUUUAGGAUUGAAAAAUCUCCAGCAUAUCUACACACAUUCUCAUGAGUUUUUUGGAAGGCCUAAACUUAAGUCAUUUUAAUCACAAAAAGCAACUAAUCAUAAGGUUUUCCUUAGGCCUAAAGUUAAGUCAUUUUAAUCGUAAACAGAAGGCACUUUUUUGGUUAUUUGUUCUUUAUAUGGAUAAUAAAUUUAUUAGUCCAACUCACAGCGUGAUCAAAUUCAAGCAACGGUCCCUCUCCACUUGAUCCCCCAGUUUGAAGAUCAAAUUGAAGAAGGCAACCUAUACGCCAUGCUCAACUUUUCUGUCAAGGAGAAUCAAGGGGGUUGGAGAGCAACAUCCCAUCCAUUCCGUUUGAUGUUCACUGAAAAAACAAAAGUCAUGCUUCAGACAAAUGAAAAACAUCAUGAAUUUCCAAAGAGCAUUUAUAAUAUCAUAGCCUAUGCAGAUAUUACCCAUUCCCCAGAUGUUGAAGCGCCCGAUUUGAUUGGUACGUUUCUAAAAUAAUAUCUAAAAGUUGGUAGGAUUACAUUUUUUCUAUCAUUUUAUGCUCUAACAUUACCCUUAAUUAAAAUUAGAUGUUAUUGGUGCAUACAAUCCCGAUGAAAAACCAACCAAACCAAGUGAUGGGAAAGGCUCCUGGUGUCGAUUUCCGUUGGUCAAUCUAGAGAACACCAAAAUAACAUGCACACUAUGGAAUGAGUAUUCAGCGCAAUUUCUGGAUUUUAUUAACACAACUAGGCAUGAUCCCAUUAUUGUGCUACUGCAGUUUUGUCGGAUAAAUACGCGUUAUGUCGGUGGUACGAAGGGUGUGUCGUCUGCAUGGCAGUUUACAAAGUUACUAAUUGAUGAGAACAUCCCUGAGAUUGAAGACUUUCGAAGCCGGUAUACGGUCGCCGUUCAUCAAGCAACACCAUCAAGUAGUUUUGUUUCUAAAUCAUCUACUGCAUCUCUUACUAAUGGUGAGGAGAUCGGCUUUACCAAAUCACUUUCAGAGUUAUCCACUAUGAAGGAGCAGGUCCGAGGAUGCUGGUUCUAUGGCGUGAUACAUGCAAUAUUUUCUUCACGAAAUUGGGCUUAUUUUGGUUGUAGUGAUGCAAAGUGUUGCAAGAAACUGCGUGAAGAAGAUGUAGUGUGCAGCAAGUGCGGUAGAAGUAAAGAUGAGGGUGUUUGGCGAUACACUUUGAAAAUGAAAGUCAGACAUGGGACAACUUUUGCAGAUGUAAUGUUCUGGGAUGAGGAGGCCCGGCUACUACUUGGAAAGGCUGCAGGAGAUUUUUACGAACACCUCAAUGUGGCAACACUUAGACCUAUCAGCUGCCCUGAAGUCAUAUCUGAAUUGAUCGGACGCGAAUAUCUAUUCAAAAUCAAGUCUGCCAACACAAACUCCAACUAUGGUGAACAGGUUUAUGUAAUAGGCAUGAUAUCGAGCGAUAAAGAAAAAAUAAAACAGUUCAAGAUGGCAGCAGGCAGUGAAGGAACGAGUUCUGAGGCGUACAAUUCUGAUGAAGACUUGGAAUUGCUUUUUGAAUCUGUGCCGACAGGGGACUCCAAUGUGGUUAUUUCAGACACUGAAACUGAUGAGAAAGGAACUCCAAAAUCAAUUGGACGCGGCCGAGAAUCGGAUGAAGCAGUCACUGGUGAUGUCAACGGCGAAACACAGGGCUCAAGCAACAAGAAACUUAAGGCCGUGAAGAUCGAAAAACCAUGAUUUUGAAUAAUUAUUUGCUAUUGAAAUUCAGAACUGCCUUUUAUACUUUCGUUCACGUAUUGUUUCAUGCAUUUUAUUAUCUUAGGCUUCUCAAUACUAUUCAAUUUCCUUUAAUAUGUUAUGGGUGUGAAUUAUUACAUUUGGAUUAUACUUACUCAUAACUGGGUAAUAAUGUAAUAUGUUAUAAUUUCA